AUGACUAUUGAUCCAGAGAAGAUAGAGAGAAAAUCAGAAGAUGUUGGGCUCGAUACAGGUCAUUCAGAUGACAAGAAGACUACUGCAUCCAUCGCUAGCUCGACUCGUGACGUGGAUGAUGAUUCGAUAGACAUCGUUCCUGAGCGGAUAUUAACAACAAAUGGCAUACCAGUCGACGAAGAAGCUGCGGUUGCUACCACAAAAGAACGAGCCAGGUCGCAAGCAUCGUCUACUCGGUCCAGGGCAUUGUCUGUAGUGCCAAGACUAAAGCGACGAGGGUUCCUCGCGCAAUUGACGCUCAUUCCAGAGGUUGAGCGGCCUUACGACUAUCCAGAUAAAGUCAAAUGGACAAUAACUGUCUUCAUAGCAUUAGCAGCGUGCGCUGCGCCGAUGGGCUCUGCUAUCUUCUUUCCUGCCCUCCCGGAGAUGUCUAAAAGUCUCAAUGCAUCGCCGACGGUGGUGAACUUGACGGUAGCGUUAUAUAUGCUUGCCAUGUCGAUCUUCCCACUAUGGUGGAGUUCCUUCUCCGAGACCCUAGGGCGACGUAAUAUCUACCUGUCGUCAUUCUUCCUAAAUGUCGUGUUCUCCCUCUUAAGCGGCCUAAGCGUUAAUAUCGCCAUGUUGAUCGUCUUCCGUGUCCUCUCCGGCGGAGCUGCCGCUUCCGUGCAGGCCGUCGGCGCAGGUACCAUAGCUGAUAUAUGGGAGCCCCGAGAACGUGGUCGCGCCAUGGGUUAUUUCUACCUAGGGCCGUUAUUGGGCCCCCUUUUAGCCCCCAUCAUCGGCGGCGCGCUAACGGAAGGUUUUGACUGGAGAGGCACAGAAUGGUUCCUCACCGCAUACGGCGCCGUCGUGCUCGUGCUCAUUCUCUUCUGCGUGCCAGAAACCCUAGCAAGGCGUACCCCCGUAACUACGGUCCAAACUUCGCCCGCCAAUGACCUAUCCCGCGUCUCCACCACGCGCUCGGUACAGGUAUACACCAAGAAAGCCGCAGUAUGGCUAAAACGAUGUUUCCUCGACCCCCUCGAAAUCAUAAUGUACCUACGCUUCCCCGCCGUCGCAAUAACCGUGUAUUACGCCGCCAUAACCUUCGGCUCCCUCUACAUCCUCAACAUCUCCCUGCAGUCCUCUUUCUCAAAAGAACCGUACAACUACUCAGCCAUCAUAAUCGGCCUCCUCUACCUCCCAGGAUCACUAGGCUACUUCGCAGCGAGCAUGUUAGGCGGGCGCUGGAUCGACCGCAUCAUGGUACGCGCGGCGGAAAAGGCGCAGCGCUACGACGCGAACGGCAAGCUCGUCUACCUCCCCGAAGACCGCAUGCGCGAGAACGCCUGGACGGCCGCGACCCUAUACCCCGGCGCGCUGAUCUGGUCCGGCUGGACGCUGCAGUACGGGAUCCAUUGGGCUGCGCCGUCCGUGGCGAAUUUCUUCUUCGGCGUUGGGAGUAUGUUGGUUUUUAGCGCUGCGACGACGAUGCUUACGGAGUUCAUGCCCGGCCGGAGUAGUAGCGGUGUGGCGCUUAAUAAUUUCGUGAGGAAUAUAUUGAGUUGUACGGGCGGUAUCGUGGGGCAGCCGUUGAUCGAUGUGAUGGGCGUGGGGUGGCUGAUGACGCUUGUGGGGUUGGUUUCGUGGAUAAGUGGGAAUGUGUGUAUUUACUUCCUGCGGAAGAAUAGUCGGAAGUGGAGGGCGCAGAUGGAUAAGGCUUUGAAUAAUAAGUAA